AUGGCAGAGCGAUUGUCUGAGAUGGAAAAGGAGGAGCGUUUGCCUGGGAAUUACUGGAAGGAGGUGUGGAUUAAGAAUGUGUUUGAAGCUUGGGAGAAGAAGAAUGAUCUAAUAGCUCCUGCUACUGCUACUGCUACUGCUAGUGCUCCUGCUAGUGCUACUGCUCCUGCUCCUGCUACGUACUGCUCUUUAACGGCGUCACUAACGUUGUUAAACCUAAACUCUAAAAUCCCAAAUCGUUUUUCCUCAGUUCCUCACUUCCUCAACUCUGCGACGCCGCCUCUCUGGCUCUCUCCCUCACAAUCUUUCUCACCUCUGCGGCUCUGCCUCUCAGCUCUCAGCUCUCACAAUCGGUCUCUUGCGUCUCUGUCCCAGCUUGCUUGGCCAAAACGACGACGUCGUGUUCAGCUUCGCCACGACCUUCUCCAGCAGCAUCCCGCUGAUUUCCGGCGCCGGUUAAUCCCCAUACUCAUCAAGUCAAGUUGUGUGAUUUUGGAAGUGCAAAAGUUCUGGUUUUAUCAGAGGUGUUUCCAACUUCCAAGUCCUUUCUUUACCCUCUGUUUUGGCCUUUGUAGCCUCUCUUCCCAGGUGAGAGUGGAGUUGAUCAGCUUGUUGAGAUUAUUAAGGUACUCGGCACCCCAACUCGUGAGGAAAUCAAAUGCAUGAACCCGAAUUAUACAGAAUUCAAAUUUCCACAAAUCAAUUGGAAUCGGAAACCCGAAAACGGGCAUGUUUUGUCACGGUCCGGGUUUAUCCCGGUCCCUGUUAUUUGCAACAACGGUCCCGGCCCGAAUUAAGAAUGCCGGUCCCGGUUCCGGUCCCGGUUCCUGUAAAACAAUUACCGGUCCGGGUUUAGGCCGGUCCCCAUUCUCUGCAUCUGCAAGUCCGGUCCGGGUUUAGCUUUGCCGGUUCCGGUCCCGGUCCCUGUAAAAGCAGUGCCGGUCUGGGACCGUGCCCAGCCCUAGCAGAGCCUUCAUAAAUCAUAACAGAUUAACAGCCAUUAUUUCAUCCUGGGUGCCCUUCAUUCCAUCGUGGGUAGCCUUCUAACACUUUGAAUUUAUGUCUCUUGGCGAACUUCUCUGAUCACCUGAUGAAAGAUCAAAACUAAUUGUCAGAGAAAGCGCAACUUGGGAAAAUUAAUUGGAAAAAAGAUCAUCAGCUGAGUGCCGGUUAUAAAAAAUGAAAAAAAAAAAAAAAACGGUAUAAAUUAAUUUGAAUGAAAUACUAGGAACCAAAGGAUAUAUCCUACAGAUUGAAUAUGAGAAAUAGAUUCCAACUGCACCAACAAAGCCAGCAAACAAGUUACACUAAGAAUGAUCGACACAAGUAGUAGUCCAUAGUUUUGAUUACUUACAAAUGUGACAGAUUUACAACUUUCCCUUAGCAUUUUUCCUGUAUGGGCAACUCUUUUUAUCAAAAAGUAGCCAUGCAAACAUAUCAUCUAAUAGGGAUCAAACAUUACCAUUUUUCUUUCAUCACAAAGUUAUAGAAUAAAAGAAAAACAGAAUUACUAACUCCAUCAAUCACAUCAUCAUGUACCAGGAUAA